AUUUUUUGACGCAUAAAAGAAAAGGAGAAACCCAUCUCAUCCCAUUUCAACUUCAAAUACCAAAUACCAAACCCAACACACACACACACAAACAAACGCUCUCUACAUUCUCUUCUUUGGGUGGUAGUUAUCUAGAAUCUACAUCAUGGAAGGUAUUGUGGUGAGAAGAGUUAUUCCUUCAGAUAACAGUUGCCUCUUUAAUGCUGUUGGAUAUGUUAUGGAUCAUGACAAAACCAAAGCUGCAGAGUUGAGACAGGUGAUAGCUGCAACUGUAGCAAGCAAUCCAGAAAAAUAUUCUGAAGCAUUUCUUGCGAAGCCAAAUGCAGAGUACUGUAACUGGAUUCUUGACCCGGAGAAGUGGGGAGGCGCAAUUGAACUUUCAAUAUUAGCAGAUUAUUACAAACGUGAAAUUGCAGCAUAUGAUAUUCAAACAACACGAUGUGAUUUGUAUGGUCAGGAAAGUAACUAUUCUGAAAGAGUUAUGCUGAUAUAUGAUGGUCUCCACUAUGAUGCAUUAGUGAUGUCUCCCUCUGAGGGAGUUCCUGAGGAGUUUGAUCAGACCAUAUUCGCCGUACAGAGAAACAGAAGCAUUGGACCUGUUGAGGGGCUUGCUCUAAAUUUUGUUAAGGACCAACAAAGGAAACGGAGUUACACUGACACUGCCAAUUUCACUCUGCGCUGUGGGAUAUGCCAAAUUGGAGUAGUUGGUCAGAAGGAGGCAGUGGAGCACGCCCAAGCAACAGGUCAUGUUAACUUCCAAGAAUAUAGAUGAUACACUGCAUGACACAAACUUGUAUUGUAAUCUCAGUUGAUUUGCUGAAAAGAUAGUUGCUUUGUUGCAGACUGUAUAACUUUUUCAUUUUACUCAGUGAUUAAACAGAAUAACUUCUGCAUGAGAAUUGUUGCAGCAAGUUGUGUUGUAAUAAUAAUUCCUUGGUUUUGGUCCAUAAUCAUUGUGAUUCUUAGAAACCCUC